UUUCGCAAAGAAGAUAUUGCCUGACGCUGGCUGUCGUGGGAGGUGUUGGAUGUUGUCGAGUAGUUACUCUUGCUAACUCUCCCUUCUGCACCUAGUUCGCAUCGACGAACCAAAUCCUCCGCUCUCUCCUUGCUGAGGCGAAAGGGGGCCGAAGAAGAGAUGUCUUCAACUGAGGACGCCGCAUCGAGCGGCUUGGGUUUGGGUAACACAACUUCGGCAACAUCCAGCGCAGCCACAAACUCCGAGUCGUCGAUUCCUACCGCGCACCCACAACCCGUCAAGGGCCAUAGUUCGAGGCUUUCUGUAGCCGGGAGCGCCAUGGGUCGGACCCCCUCGAAUACCCCCUCGGCUGCUGGUGGGAGGUCUCCCAACCCAACAGACAAAGGAAUCUCGCUCGAAUCGUCUGUCAGAAAGUUCCGAAUUGUCGAGGCCCUACGGAACGGCGAUACCGCCUUCAUCUCCAAGGCCAUCCGCGAAACCGCCGACAACGCACCCCGCAUGAGCACCUCCUCGUUCGCAACUCAAUCAGGUGCCCUCGAGGAUACUACAAUUUUGCACCUGGCCAUCCAGUGCGCCGAACAGCCUGUUGUUGAGUAUGUCUUGUCCGACGGGGCCGGUUCCCUCGACAUCAACGCGCGGGACAGGGAUGGAAAUACUCCCCUUCACGUCGCAGCAGCGCAAGGUCGCACUCAGGUUGUGCGUCUGCUGCUCGAGAACAAGGAAAUCAACGAUGCCAUUGCCAACCACCAGGGCCGUCUUCCCAUCGACCUCGCUCGAAAUCCCGAUAUCUUCCAGCAGUUGCAGCUGUCAAGGUCCUUGUUCGCUGAGAACAAAGUUAGACAAAUCCAGGAUCUCAUCCUCCACGGCGAGCUCAAGGUUCUGGAGCAGGUACUGGAGGAACCGCGCUUCAAGACGGUUCUGGACAUCAACAGCCCCGAGUUUUCAUCGGAGCCAACCACGGUGCAAGCCGGCGGUACCCUGCUACACGAGGCCGCUCGCCGCAAAAAUAGCCGGCUGAUUCAGGUUCUUCUCUUGCACGGAGCUGAUCCGUUCCGCCGGGAUCGCAAGGGGAAGCUACCGCAGGAUGUGACCAAGGACGAAAUCACCCGUGCCAUGCUGAAGAAGUCUCCUGCUGCCGUGGCGGCACAAAGGGGCAUUCAGGAGAAGGCUGUUCUGGGCUCCACUACUCAGGGUGCGGCCACGGCGACACCUGGCGACCCGCUUGCCGGACGGGAAGCGCGGGAAAUGAAGGGCUACCUCAAGAAAUGGACCAACUAUCGGAAAGGGUACCAGCUGCGGUGGUUUGUCCUUGAAGACGGUGUCCUCAGCUAUUAUAAGCACCAGGAUGACGCGGGCUCUGCCUGCCGUGGCGCUAUCAACAUGCGCAUCGCCAAGCUUCACAUGAGCGCUGAUGAAAAAACAAAGUUUGAGAUUCAUGGCAAGUCUUCGGUCAAGUACACCCUCAAAGCGAACCACGAGGUCGAAGCGAAGCGCUGGUUUUGGGCCCUUAACAACUCUAUCCAAUGGACAAAGGACCAAGCCAAGGAAGAGGAACGGCAACAAGCCCGGAACGCCGAGCUGCUAAAGCAAGCCAAGGCCGAGCACUCCCAUCUUUCAGAACCAGCGAGUGAAAGCGCCAGCGUUGCCGAACAGUCACGCAGCAGCAUUCAGCUCACGCGGAUGCAUUCCUCGGCGCGCGCAUCUAGCAAGAGCGGCUUCCCCACCAUCGGUAGCAACGAUGAAGAUGACUUCGCCGACGCGGCCACCGAGGCGGACAAGACGGAUCGCAAUGGUGGCGGGACCAUUGCUGAUGACGCCGACGAUGAUGACGACUAUGGCGAGGGGUCUAGUGGACAGGAUGCCCCACCGGCAAACAAAGAUGCCUUCAAUAUCACCGCCCAGUCGGCCAAGUUACAGCUCGAAUCCAUGGCUCACGUCACGGCCGCCCUUCUCCUCGAGUCGAGUAAGAAUCCGACCCUCACGUUGUCCGAUCCUAAGAUGUCGCAAGGCCUGGCCACUUAUGACGCUGCCAUCCGCUCGCUCACCGGACUUGUCGGAGAUCUACUCCGUAUUUCAAAAGAUCGCGAUGCCUACUGGCAAUACCGCCUUGACCGAGAGUCCGAAAUGCGGCGCAUGUGGGAAGAGAGCAUGGCGCAGGUCGCCAAGGAACAGGAGGCACUCGAGGCCCGCGUUGGCGAAUCCGAGUCGAAGCGGAGGAUAACGAAGCGGAUUCUCAAGGAAGUUGUUGAAAAGGGCAUCCUUGAAGGCAGCCAAGCCAGUCUUUCAACAGCCCAAGCCGCCGAGGUCUCCAUCCAAGAAGAAGGUAUCACUGAGGCUUCAGCGGAAGUCGUAACCGCGAAGUCACCCACUAUCGGCAUGUCUAGGCGACAGACUGUGAUGGACCAAAUUGCGGAUAUUUCCGAGUCCGAGUCCGACGAGGAAGAGUUCUUCGAUGCUGUCGAUGCCGGCGAAGUUGAGGUGUCACAGUUGCCACCAUCGGAGCUCACCGCCUCUCAAGAAAAGCAGCAGCUCAUUAUCUCUGACACUUACGACAUCAGCAGCUCGUUCAGAGGAUACGAGAACGGCAUUCGUACACGGCUGAAGAUGGAUGCGGAUGAUCGUCCGAAAAUCUCGCUCUGGGGUAUUCUCAAGUCCAUGGUCGGGAAAGAUAUGACCAAGAUGACGCUGCCUGUCUCUUUCAACGAACCCACCUCUCUCCUCUACCGAUGCGGUGAGGAUAUGGAGUAUGCCGACCUCCUAGAUCUCGCCGCCGACCGGACAGAUUCUGUGGAACGCCUGUUGUACGUUGCCGCAUUCGCUGCCAGUGAAUACGCGUCCACCAUCGGCCGUGUUGCCAAGCCGUUCAACCCGCUACUGGGUGAGACCUUUGAGUAUGUCAGGCCGGACAAAAACUACCGCUUCUUCAUCGAGCAAGUCAGCCAUCAUCCGCCAAUCGGCGCGGCCUGGGCCGAGUCGCCCAAGUGGACCUACUACGGCGAGUCUGCCGUCAAGUCCAAGUUCUACGGCCGCUCCUUCGACAUCAACCCGCUCGGCACCUGGUUCCUCAAGCUCCGCCCGACCCACGGCGGCAAGGAGGAUCUCUACACCUGGAAGAAGGUCACAUCCUCAGUCGUGGGCAUCAUCACCGGCAACCCGGUCGUCGACAACUACGGCCCCAUGGAAAUCAAGAACUGGACCACCGGCGAAGUCUGCCACAUCGAGUUCAAGGCCCGCGGCUGGAAGGCAUCCAGCGCCUACGUCAUCACCGGCAAGGUGGUCGACGCCAACAACCGCGUGCGCUUCAGCCUCGGCGGGCGGUGGAACUCGAAGCUCUACGCGCGCUUCACCCCCGGCUUCGAAGCCACCAUCGACGACGCCACGGCCGCGGACGCGGACGCGGCCGCCGCCCAGGACGGUAAGGGCGGCGGCGGCGGGCCCGGCAUCACCGACCCGGGCAAGGCCUUCCUCAUCUGGCAAGCCAACCCGCGCCCGCAGGGCAUCCCCUUCAACCUGACCCCCUUCGUGCUCACCUUCAACCACAUCGACGACCAGCUGCGCCCCUGGAUCGCCCCGACCGACUCCCGCCUCCGGCCCGACCAGCGCGCCAUGGAGGAGGGCGAGUACGACUUUGCCGCCACCGAGAAGAAUCGGCUCGAGGAGGGCCAGCGCGCGAGGCGUCGGGAGAGGGAGGAGCGGGGCGAGGAGUUUGUGCCCGCGUGGUUUACUAAGGCGAGGUGUGAGGUCACGGGCGAGAUGUAUUGGAAGUUUAAUGGGGAUUAUUGGCGGCGGAGGGAGAAGGCGGGGUUGGAGGGGGGUGAGGCGGUUUGGGAGGGGUUGGAGCAGAUCUUUUAG